GCUGGCCCCGCCCGUGUCCCGCAACCCCCCCGCUGCUGCUGGCCCGGCCCAGGCCCGUCUCCUCGCGGGGACCCCCCGCGCCCCCCAAAGAUACUACUGUGAUGGGUGACACAGACAAAGAAACAUAGCUACAGAGUGGAGCAGUCCAGCUCAAAGAACAGAACGAUUCAGGCUGAAUCAUUCAGGAUUUCUGUUUCUGCUUCUAAAUUUGAAACAGCAAAUCUAAAUUGUGCUGCCGUCACACUAGUGCGAGGUGAAAUGGCGGAACCCGAAAAGAAAAGGAUUCGAAGGCUGUGCUCUUUUAAAGACGAGUGGUUGCAACUCCCAGAGUAUCAGAAUUGGCUUUCAAAGGCAAGUGAAGAGUCGGGAUACUGUUCUAUUUGUCGUGUUCAAUUCAAGAUUCAGUUUGAUUCUGUAAAAGCUAUCCAGCAUCAUGCAGAGACAGCGGGUCACGAAAUCAAAGUACGAGCACAAGUCCAGUCCAAUAUAAUCGAUAAAUUCUUCGUAUUGCCUGAUACCUCCGAAGAAGAACAGGUGUGCACGGCUGAAUUGCUCUUAACAUACCAUGGAGUUAAACACCACCACAGCUACCAUUCUCAAGACUGUGGAAAUAAACUGUACCCCUCCAUUUUCACUGAUUCCAAGAUAGCUUCCAAAAUUCACUGUGGAAGGAGAAAAGCGGAGGCUUUGAUUGAGAAUGUAUUAGCCCCUCAUUCAUUAAAACUGGCUGUGCAAGACAUUGGAUCAGCAUCGUUCUCAAUAGUGACAGAUGCUUGGAAUAAAGGGAACACAAAAUUAUUCCCAGUUGCCCUCCACUACUUUAAUAAAGAUAAGGGAAGCUGCACAUGUAUCCUAGACUUUUUCGAGGAUGCAGAUGAGACCUCAGAGGCAAUCGCAAACAACGUAAGAAGUUGUCUUCAAAAUGCUGGUCUGAUACAUAAUAAAAUUGUGGCAUAUGGAGCAGACAACGCAUCUGUCAAUUUUGGAAAGCACAAGUCUGUUUUGGUGCACCUAAAACAAAUGUUGGAUUUACCAAAUCUUGUGCCAGGGCAUUGCAGCACUCACAUAGUGCACAACACAGCAAAACAUGGCUUGAAAAUGCUCUCUUAUGAUGUAGAGAACUUGGUCAUCAAGGUUUUCAGUGAAUUCUCGUCCAGUGCAAAGAACAUUAGUGAGCUUAAAGAGUUCUUUGACUUCCUGGAGACAGACUAUUCGGAAAUCUUACGCCAUGUACCUACACAUUUUUUGACCCUUUUCACUGCCGUAGACAGGUUACUGAAGCAUUGGCCUGCCCUCAAAUCUUACUUUGUGAAGAAAGGAGAGGAAAAAGUGAGCUGCGCAAUAUGGGCCUUCCUCUCUGAGCAGGAGGUCGCAGUAUCCGAUGAUGACAUGGUUACACUUCCCGAGCUGUACGUCUACUUUGUACACAACAUUCUGAGCCAAUUUAACAACACCGUAAAGGUUCUUGAAAGUGAUUACAUUCAGGUAACUGGACUGUAUGGUGUAUUCAACAGGCUGAGAAGAGAGAUUCAGAAUCGACAAGAGCAAGGCUUCUAUGGGUACAAGGCGACACAGUUCUUGAAGAAACUGCCACCUAAUGAGCAGAAUAAAUUUGUUGGAGAUGCCCAACGGGCUUACACACGCAUGCUGCAGUACCUAGAAAAGUGGUUUGAUUUCAGCGAAAACUCUUUCUAUGUGCUGUGUGCACCACUCAAUCUAGACGGACCUCUUGAGCUAGACAAACUGUGUGCUUUGACUGCAAACUGGGACAUUCAAGUAGACGGAGAUGAACUAUUUACAGAAAUGUGCUCACUGAACGAUGCGCUACCAGCCCUAAAGAGUUUGACAAAUGAUGCUGAAUUGCCAUUGUCCCCCCAGCAACAAGAGCGCCGCCGUCGAAUCAGUGUCUCUGAGGUGUGGGUAGAAUUCUUUAAGCGCUGGGAGGCCCCGAACUUACUUAAAAUUGUGCAGCAUGUGCUUGCUGUACCACCCACCAACGCCUUUGUGGAACGCGUUUUCAGUGUUAUGAAGAACUUGAGGACUGACGAAAGGAAUCGGCUCCGUGUGGGCGCGGUGAAAGCUGAGCUAUUCGUGCACUUCAACUACACAAUGACGUGUGCCGAGUUUGCUGGAUUUUUGAAGACAAAAGCAGCGAAGGAGCUUGUGGUGGCAGCGAGACAAGAGCAGAAGUAUGAACGUGAGGGAAUGGUGAGUGAGAAUGUGGAAGAGAACCCUCAGCAGGAAGAUCUUGAGCAAGUUGAAACUCACGGGACAUUAUUGGGUAGAUCUGAAGGGACUGUGUCCUGGAGUCCAGAGCACGGAAAAGCCGGUGGGUCUCAGUGCAGGCCAGAGAGACAGCAGGGAAACCAGCCAGGGAAGAACGCGGGUAAAUCCACUCAACGUGACGGUGGUUUGAAGAAUCUUAGUAAAAACAUGAUGCACCAGAAAUCCUCCAAAGGGGAGAGGAAAAACACAUGCACAGAGUGUGGGAAAAGCUUCAGUCGGAGUUUAUACCUUAUUAUACACCGCAGAACCCACACAGGAGAAAGACCCCAUAAAUGUCUUCAGUGUGGGAAGAGCUUUAUUGGCAUCCCAACCCUGAAAAAACAUCAGAAAAUCCACACGAGAGAAAAACCCUAUAAGUGCCCUGACUGCGGGAAAAGCUUCGGUGAGAGAUCACACCUUAUUGGCCACCAGAGAGUCCACACAGAAGCAAAAACCUUCAUAUGCUCUCAGUGUGGGGAAACCUUCUGUAAUUGGUCAUCCUUUCUUAGACAUGAGAGAAUCCACACCGGAGAGAGAUCUAAACCUCAUAAGUGCCCUGAGUGUGGGGAGAACUUCCGUGAUAGGACUGGUCUUAUUAGGCAUCAGACAACUCACACAGGAGAGAAACCCUAUACCUGCCUGAAGUGUGGAGAAAGCUUCAGUCGGCGCUCUAACCUUACCAGGCACCAAAAAGUUCACACUGGGGAGAGACCCUAUAAGUGCCUCAAGUGCGGGAAAAGCUUCAGUCAGAAAUCAACCCGCAGUAGACAUCUGAGAACGCACUGGGGAGAAAGUGAAUAAGUGGCCUGAUGAGGGCUGGCUGAAGUGGGUUAGACCGGAGCAGUUGCAGUUAAAGUUGAGACUAGCUUCCUUUUUAACUGCCAGUUUUCCUGUGUGCUCUAAAACCCACCUGUGGACUUGGAUUGUCUUGAAAAUUGCCGUGCCUCAUCUGGGCUGGGGGCAGAGCUAGUGGUGGGAGGUUGUGGUCGUUUGGUCUCGGGGUUCCUCAGAUACAGCCUCCCAGUAAGGAGCUGCUUUUACCAUUCAGAUUGCUCUGAAACCCUGUGCAAACUUAACCCCCAUGAAAAGCAGGAAAUAUUACAUUAGAGUAAAUGCUACCCCCACAACAUAACCUUAACUCUGCCCUCUUUGAGUGAAGUCCCAACAUACCGAUAACACACAUUUGCUCUCUACCUUUGCAGAUGUGACAGAACACUUCAGGAAUAGAGCACUGAUGAGCAGUGUAGGACAAAUUCGGCCACCUUCUGUUGCUAAGGGAAGACUCUGGGGUAGGUCAGGCACAGUGAGCAGCUCUCACUUACACUCAAAAACUGAGCGUGCCCCACACAAACCACCCCAGAACGACAAAAUGUUCCCAUGUUCCCAUGGCUUCACCCUUGCCCUGAGGAUUCCCUUGGGGGACAUGGCUUUCACUGGCAGAGUUAAGGUUGCACAGUGGGAAUGACAUUUACCUUAAUUUCUUGGAUUUUAGAGGUGUAAGUUUAGCCACUCUCCACAUUGUGGAAGGGCACAAGGCAGCGCCGGGCAACCUUAGCUCUGCAUUAACUAAGGUUUUGGACAGUUAAUAUAUUUGCUGAUUCCACAAAUGUCGUCACCGUUUGACUUUUCAGAGUCUGGUUACCCAUCUCUGCUGUUAGGAGACAGCAGCCCUCCUCUGGCUCUGCCUGGGUCAGCAAAGGAAAAGGCCCGAUCAGCCCGUCCACCUUCCCAGCUGCUGGGAUUCCCUGCCUCAGUGGAAUCGUCUCCCCCAUCUUGCCUGGUUCCCCAGCCAGUGUCCUAUGGACUGGGUAUCCGAGGAACCUUUUGUGCCCUUUAUUCACAAAGACCUCCAGGCACCUGGAGCGAUCCAGUGUUUAGGGACUAGGAGAGAUGGGUGUUGGGCAGGGAAGAGCCUGUGUUUGAGCACAGGGGGAUGGGAACCCAGGGACUGAGUGUGUGAAUCAGUGAGUGAUGGUGAGAGCGCUGAGACUGGAGAACUCGUUGCACUAGCAGAGCACAGCUCCUCCUUGCAAAGAGGAGCAGCAGCCACAGCCAACACCCAGAGAAGAUAAGACAGCAUUUGCCCAGCUGCAGAUGGCUCAUCGUUACAGUCUAAAGGGAUCUGGCAGCCCCUGCAGCUGCCAGCGGCUUGGAGAGAGACAGGCAUUCAGCUCAGGGAGUUCAGCCAGAGCCCUAACGCGUUCUCUCGCGGUUGUAACCUUUGGUUAAGAUGCCAGCAGAGUGCAGUGAACUCAAAGGGAAAUUAACGAAUGGCCGGGGUUUUGCCUCCUGAAGAAAUGUCAAGAGCAAUGAGGGCACAGUUCUACAGUAAUUCUCUGCAAUUGGCAUUGGGCAUGUGGUGUCCUGUGUGUGUGUGUUUGAAAAACAGGAUCUGGAUUAUAUAAAUGGAUGGGGAGGUACUUUGGACAUUUAAAUAAAACACAGUUACUGUUCCCUUUC